CGGCGCGAUUGCGGCGGGGGUGCGGGGAAGUGAGGUGCGCGGGCCGAGCGCCGCUUGGGGACGCACGGAAGGGUUUAGGGGCCAUCUGGAUGGAGGCUGAGGGCGUCGCGCGCAGCCACCAUGUUCAACCAGCAGCAGCAGCUCCAGCAGCUCCAGCAGCAGCAGCUGCAGCAGCAGCAGCUGCUCCAGCUCCAGCAGCUGCUCCAGCAGUCCCCACCGCAGCCCCCCCUGCCCAUGGCCGUCAGCAGGGGGCUGCCCCAACAGCAGCCACAGCAGCAGCUCCUGAACCUCCAAGGCGCCAGCCCCGCCUCCCUCCUCAACGGCUCUGUGCUACAGAGAGCUUUGCUUCUGCAGCAGUUGCAAGGACUGGACCAGUUUGCAAUGCCACCAGCCACGUCUGACAGUGUCGGUCUCACCAUGCCCACGGCAACCUUGGGUAACCUCCGUGGCUACAACCUGCCAACCCCGAACCUGACGGGCCCCAGCCUCACGGUCCCCCAGCUGGCCACCCCAAAUCUACAGCAGUUCUUUCCCCAGGCCACUCGGCAGUCCUUGCUGGGGGCCCCUCCUGUUGGGGUCCCCAUAAACCCCUCCCAGAUCAACCUUUCAGGGCGGACUCCCCAGAAACAGGCCCGCACCCCCUCCUCCACCACCCCCAAUCGCAAGGAUUCUUCUUCCCAGACGGUGCCCGUGGAAGACAAGUCAGACCCCCCAGAGGGGUCUGAGGAAGUUGUCGAGUCCCGAACAGACACACCAGAAGACCAAGAUUCCCCACCCUGCCCAGAUGGCAUCGCUAAAGAGAAACACACUGUAGCACCUGAGCCCGAGUCUUGUGAGGCAUCGGAGCCACCGGCUAAGAGGUCAAAGAGCUCGGAGUUGCCCGCAGAGAAGGGGGCCCCCGGGCAGCUGCAGGCGAAAGUCCAGCCUCAGGCCCGGACCACGGCACCGAAGCAGACCCAGACGCCUGAGCUGCUGCCUGAGCCGCCGGAAGCCCGAGUGCUGCCACGAUUCCAGCCGCGGGUUCUGCAGAUCCAGGCCCAAGUGCAGCCUCAGACGCAGACGCAGACGCAGACGCAGCCGCAGCCGCAGCUGCAGCCGCCGCCACCCCCGCCUCCAGGGGACACCCAGGCACGGCCCAAACUGCAGAAACAGGCACAGACGCAGACCUCUCCAGACCACUUGGUGCCGCAGCAGGUGCAGCUGCAGCAGGUGCAGAAGGAGGCCGAGCCACAGAAACAGGUGCAGCGCCAGGCACAUCCCCAGCCCCCUGGGCAGGCGCAGCUGCAGCAGCUGGCACAGACGCAGACAUAUCCCCAGGUCCAGCCACCAGAGCAGCCACCAGGACAGCCUCCCGCGCAGCCCCCUGACCGGACUGAGGGGCAGCCUCAGACCUGGCCGCAGGUGUCCAUGCCAGCGUCGGAGCAAGCACCGGUUCCGGUUCGUUCCACGGUGCCGGAGCCACCACCAAAUCCGAGAGACGCCGGAGCAGGCCUGAAGGAGGCCUCGCCAGAGCCAGGAGGCUCCCAGGUCAGCGUGGAGAGCCAGGAGGAGUUGACCAGCGGUCUGGAUGUGGGAGAAUGUGAAAAAAGGGCAAGAGAGAUGCUAGGGGUGUGGGGUGCCGGGGGCUCCCUGAAGGUCACCAUCCUGCAGAGCAGUGACAGCCGGGCCUUCAGCACAGUCCCCCUCACGCCCGUGCCCCGCGCGGGUGACUCUACCUCCGCCACCCCUGCCUCCGCCAGCCCUCCCUCGAAGCAGACCCUCCAGUUCUUCUGCUACCUUUGCAAGGCCAGCUGCAGCAGCCAGCAGGAGUUCCAGGACCACAUGGCGGGGGCCCAGCACCAGCAGCGUCUGGGGGAGAUCCAGCACAUGAGCCAAGCCUGCCUCCUGUCCCUGCUGCCCGUGCCCCGGGAUGUCCUGGAGAGAGAGGACGAAGAGCCCCCGCCAAGGCGUUGGUGUAACACCUGCCAGGUCUACUACAUGGGGGACCUGAUCCAGCACCGCAGGACUCAGGACCACAAGAUUGCCAAGCAAUCCCUGCGACCUUUCUGCACUGUUUGCAACCGCUAUUUCAAGACCCCCCGCAAGUUUGUGGAGCAUGUGAAGUCCCAGGGGCAUAAGGACAAAGCCAAGGAGCUGAAGAUGCUUGAGAAGGAGAUCGCCGGUCAAGAUGAGGACCACUUCAUCACGGUGGACGCUGUGGGCUGCUUUGAGGGCGAUGAAGAAGAGGAGGAGGAGGAGGAGGAUGAAGAAGAAGAGAUUGAGGUUGAGGAAGAAUUCUGCAAGCAGGUGAGGUCCAGAGAUAUAUCCAUAGAGGAGUGGAAAGGCUCCGAGACCUAUAGCCCCAGUACUGCAUACGGUGUGGACUUCCUGGUGCCCGUGAUGGGGUACAUUUGCCGCAUCUGCCACAAGUUCUACCACAGCAACUCGGGGGCACAGCUCUCCCACUGCAAGUCCUUGGCCCACUUCGAGAACCUGCAGAAAUACAAGAAGGCCAAGAACCCCAGCCCUACCAGCAGGCCCGUGAGCCGCCGGUGUGCAAUCAACGCCCGGAACGCCCUGACUGCUUUGUUCACUUCUGGUGGCCGCGCGCCCACCCAGCCCAGCACCCAGGACACAGCUAAAACCCCCAGCAAGGUGACAGCCCAACCCCCUCCUCCCCCACUUCCCCGGCGUUCAACCCGCCUCAAAACCUGAUAGAGGGAGCUCCUCAUGCCCAUCCCGUCUGGGUCUAGGUCUGCUUUGCUUUUUAGAAGUCUGUGUGGAAAUUUUGACAUGGUUGGUGUUUUUACUGAAAAUCUAAUAAAAGAAGGUAGUUUGGCUGUA